UUUAAUGUCAUGGGAAAUAGAUUUUAGUAUAAGACUAGGUUUAUACUGUAUACACUGGCUAGACGUUGGCAACAUUCUUAUUAUAAAAGGCAAAUACGUAUUAUAUGUUAGCAAAAAAAAAAAGACAAUGUCUAAUUGCAGUCAGUGUAGAUCCAAAGUUACUUCCUUUGAUUACUGAAAUGGGGUUUGAGCUGCUGCUCUUCACGGUUCAAUAAUAGCUGAAGUUUAUCCUUGUGGAAUUGAGACUGUGAAACUUCUUUAAUUGUAAAUACUUAUCUCUAAUUUCUGUAAAAUAAAUCCAGAAAAUAACUUAUUGAGCUGUCAAAAUUUAGAAAACUUUGCACAUAAAGAAAAUAUUUUAAUAUGUCAAAAUUAACCGGUAGAUAUUGUGAACUUUCGAAAAGCAACACUGGGUGUGCUGCAUUGGUUAUACAACACUGGAUGUCUCUUGAGUGCAGUCGAUAACUUUUUUUAUUGACCGCAAAAUUUGCUUCAAAAAUCAUUUCAAUUGCUGGCGGUUGACGACGUUUCUCUUUUGGGAUUCUUGUAGAAUAUCGGAAAUCUGAUAAGUAGAACUAUAUAAAAAGUAUUAGUUACGAAAAGUGUAGCAGAUUUUAUUGUGAAGUUUUGUGCUUCUCUGAAAUAAAUUUUGGAAUCAACGAUCUUCUUUAAUUUAGAAAUGAGAACUUUCGUGAAUGCUUGCAACUUGCUUGGGUAUUUCUGCGGUAUGAAGCGCUUGAUCGCCAUUGUCAUUACCGCUGCGUUUAUGUAUAUGUUGAUGACGGUGCGGUAUGAAAUGCUUCGGCAAAGGUAUGAAGAACAAAUAGUGGAUCUGAAUAACACUAAUCUCUAUAGCUUCAAAAACAAGUUGAAGUUGCGCCAAAGCGGUGACUAUUGGAUACUCCAUAAUUACAUAUUGCCUGAGAAGCAAUUUGUUGGUAAUGAGAGUGUGACACUUAACACGCAUGGCACGCACAAGAGUUUAAAAGGAUUACAUUCGCUGGUGAAGCGUUGGUCUGGACCGGUCACUAUUACAAUUUUUGCUACCGAUGAUGAUUUUUUGCAAAUUUUGUAUGAUAUACAGUUCUUACGUGGUUGCACUUACAUGAAACGUCUGAUCAAUUCUUUGGUUACUUUCAACUUCGUAUUUCAUGCAAAAUAUUUGCCCAAAAAAAUACCAAUAUCCAAUGUUUACGCUUACAAAGGCCUUAUAAACUGCUUAGUUUCACCUGGGUAUUUGAAUGACACCUUAAUCAAUAUGACGCAUCCGCUAUCUAAGCCUAUUCGGUAUCCAUUGAAUCUAAUGCGCAAUGUGGGCCGUUACUCAAUUUAUACGUACUACCAGCUCUCUCUUGAUAUGAACAUGUAUACCUCUCCAUAUUUUGCACAACACUUUUUACGCUUUGUUUCAUCAAUAAAAUUAAGUCGCCCAUACGAAAGCGUGUUUUGUGUGCCCAGUUUCAACAACAGGAUGAACUACUGCAUGCCUAAUUCGGCGCAUGAAUUAAAACGUCAAUUGGUUAAGAACUACUCAAACAUUUUUAAUAUCAGGCCAGAUGUGUGGGAAGAUGAAUUUCAUUUUCUUGGAUCCUGGUUAAAUGUCACUUCUCCCCGAUUGCAAUCUUUUCUACUUACUGGGUACCAUAGUAAAUGGCAGCCGUAUUAUGUGAGCAUUAAUGACAUGGAACCGCUGGCCGACGAGCGCUUCAUGUAUAACACCUUGUUCGAUAGAUCGAUGCAGAUUGAUUUAAUUAACUAUUUAAACUAUGAGUUUGUUAUCAUGAGUGGUGGAUAUUUUAUUCAUCGUGGUGAGAUUAUUGAGGAAAGCAAACUGAAGACCAAACACUCUAUCAAUGUGCGAGCAAAAAUUAAUGCCAUUUAUCGUCGACAGAACUACGUCUUGUAUAAAGAUGGCAAAUGAGGAGGAAAGCAGAAAGAAUUUCAAUUACCUUUAAUUUUUUAUUUAUUUUAAUUUUAUAUUGUUACAUCUAUUCAAUCUAUAUUAUUAUUACUGAAGACCAAACAGUCUUUUAAUGUUAAUGUGUGAACAAAAAUCACAUAUUAUAUAGAGAUGAAAAUUGAGGAGGAAAGAACUUCAAUCAUCUCUAUUUCUUCAAUUUAUUUUAAAUUUAGAGAUCACAUGUAAUACAUAUAUAUUACUACUGCAGAUCAAACAGUCUAUUAAUGUGCGAACAAAAAUAAAAAAUUACAAUUGA